UCCCGGUUUCUCUGAGAGGCUUAAGAAAUACGCCAGCAGGCUAGUAGAGCCUUCAAGUUUAUCUCAGUUGAGCCCCAAGCCCCACUGCCUGGUGGGUUCGAGCUAACAGGGAAAUGAGCCGCGGCUUCUCUGGUCCCUCCAGGUCAGGAACAGUGCGUGCAGAGGAAAGCAGAGUCUUCAGAGGGUCGAAGGGCUCCCCACAGCUCCUCGGAUGGCUGGUUUCGCUUUUGCAAACAUUUGUUUACAUGCUCCGAGAGAAGAACAAAGACGUGUCCGUCUGUCACAGGAAGCUGUUCAAGACAUCCUCAGGAUGGAUAAUUACACGCCAACACCAGCGGACUACGAUGUUCUCAUUGAGGGUGAUCUGAAGAGCGACAUAGAACAGUGUGACAGAUACGACGCCAGGGUUCUGUCCGCUCAGCUGGUGCCGCAGCUCUUCCCCGUGCUGUUCCUGGUGGGUCUCCUGGACAAUAUCAUGGUAGUGCUUAUCCUGGGGAAGUAUAAAGGACUCAAACAUGUGGAAAAUAUCUAUUUUCUGAACUUGGCAGUUUCUAAUUUGGUUUUCUUGCUUAUCCUGCCGUUCUGGGCUCACAGUGCUUCACGUGGAGGGGUUCUCGGGGAGCCCCUGUGUAAAACUCUUGUUGGAUUCUACUCCAUCGGUUUAUACUGUGAGGCCAUUUUCAUCUUCCUUCUGACAACGCACGUCCUCUCCCAGGAGUGCCGCUUUCUCCCAGCACUCAGGACGGCACGCUGCGCCCUGGCUGCGAGUGCGCUGGUGUGGACGCUGGUCACUGUGGUCACUUUGACCGAACUCACACUUCACAAGUCUCAGGUGGAAGGCCAGAAGAACGAGUGCACGUUUAACAGACCUCAUCUUCUGCCCACUGACGGGACAUUCUGGAAUUAUUUUCUGACCUUAAAGAUGAACAUUUUGGGACUGCUUUUUCCACUGUUUGUCCUUGUAUUUUUCUCCGUGCUAAUGAGGAAGGCACUAAGGCCCAGGGAAAGGAGCUAUGACCUUGUCAAGCUUAUUUUUGCCAUAAUGGUUGCCUUCCUUCUGAUGUGGGCACCCUAUAACAUUGCCCUUUUCCUAUCUACUUUCAAAGAAUACUUCUCCCUGCAUGACUGCAAAAGCAGCUACAACCUGGACAGAGGUGUUCAGAUAACAAAAAUCAUCGCUACCGCCCACUGCUGCGUCAGCCCCUUCUUCUACGUGUUUCUUGAUAAGACAUUUAGGAAACACCUCUGCCACCUUUUCCAUCUGUGUAAAAAUGCAGUUCUGCAACCCUGCAAGGAAUCUGGACAAGACAUAAGGGAACAGCAUGACCAGUCCACUAGGGUAUAAACAAGCUUCCUUCCAAGGCAGGAUAAAUAAAUAGUAAUUUGUUUCAUUGCAUUGUCUUGUGCAGUUUUUUGCACAUUUGUAUAUGAGAUAAGAUACAGGAACAAAAGGGGGAAUGAACAAACAUUUACAGAGCAUUGACUUUGUCUCUGGCCCCUUGCUAGGUUCUCUCCUCAUUGCUUAGUCUCAUUUCUCUGAGCAGGAAACUAAGGCUCAGAAUCUGUCUCAGAAAUCUGUCUGAGACCAGACAGUUAGCAAGUGGCAGGACCAGGAUGCAAACCCAGGUGUUGUCCAUUCCAGGGCCUAAACUUGCUACAGCAGGCCAAACUGCCAAAAAUUGGGCGACAAAUCACAUGAAAUAGUCAGUUUUAAAAUCAAUUUGACUGCAUUCCAAAUUAGAAACAACCUACUCAUUUAGAAGUAAUUUUUCAGGCACAUUUUCUUGCACAUAAUCAGAACUGGACAGCAGGAGGCUAUGGAAAAAAAGAAGUGAGGUGGCUCAUUCUGUUCUCUGGGUUACUCGUCCUACCUCCAAGGCCCCCAAGCCCCUGAGCCCCUAAAGGUUCCAGUAUUUCCUCCUACUUUAUCAUGAAGACCAUGGAAUUUUAGGAAAUUUAACAAUAAUAAAUGUAAA